AUGCAUGGUGUUAAACUACACACCAGAGAAUUCUCUUGUUCCCUUAAGAGAUGUCAUAAAAUUGACUGGCGCAAAGAAUUUGAUUCACUCCGAAUCAACGAAGUCAAGCCUCUUCCCCAGAGAGAGAUCGUGGAGCUACCGAGACAAGCAAUGAAGCCCAAAAGUGAUAUCGCCAUUGACAACCUGAAGACUCCUCUUGUCCUAGUUCAUGGCCUCUUUGGAUCAAAGCAGAACUACACUUCGGUUGGUAGACAUAUUGCAAGUCUCACGGGACGAGAAGUAUUUGGUCUUGAUAUGAGGAACCAUGGGUCUGCUCCGCACGCUGCUCCACACAAUUACAUAACUAUGGCCCGUGACACGAUCAACCAUCUUGAGAAGAGCAUAAAGCAGCCUGUUGUUUUGGCGGGACAUCUGAUGGGAGCCAAAGUGUCCAUGUUGGUAAGUUUGAUUCGUCCUGAGCUUGUGGAGAAGCUUAUAGUAAUUGACAACAGCCCGGCGUCACAAAGUCUCGAUGAGCAGUUCUACAGAGAUCUUCUUGGAUUAUGCCAUUUGGAAAGAGACAAGAGCUUGCCUAAGUUGCAAAAAUCAGUGAUGGCGCUUAAAAUGGACAAGAUGUUGAGUAAAUAUGAAAAUGACAAGUUGGUGCGGUUGUUUCUCCUAUCCAAUUUGAUAAGGAGGCAGUCGAGGAACGAUAACCUGCCUAUCAAGUUUCGCGUACCAGUGCUUAACUUCCUCAAAGAUGAUGUUCUCCGUGAGUUGGGCCAGUGGCCACCUGAAGUGGAACACUUGACUUUUGAUAAGCCCGUCAAAGUGAUGAAAGCAGAACACUCAUCUUUCAUCACGCAAGAGUCUCUCGACAGUCACUUCCCGAAGUACUUUCCCAACAGAGAUGUUUCGGUGUACAAUUGUGGCCACUGGCUCGUGAGCGAAAUGCCAGAGAGAUUUGUCAAAGAGACGGUCGAAUUUUUGGAGUUGAAGUGA